UACUGGCAACUUCAUGCCGUUUGCUGAUUGAGCGGCUUCUCACUUCGCCGGCUUCGUUGACCAAUGUUUACUUUUAUUACCGCGCUGUGGGAUUUUUCUUGGUUUCCACUUACUUCUUUUUAAUUUGUGCCAUUAGUUGUGACUGGUAAUUUUUUUGUCGUGCUCGUAUUACAAUUUAAAGCCGAGGUGAAAUUUUCAACUAGAAGCGUUUUUAAGUUAAGUCCAGUUUUGAGUUUGUGGUUGCGCAGUCAUUCCACGUAGCGGAUUCUCUCCAAAUUCAGUGGAAUGUUUUGAUUUCUGUUUGGGAAUUGAAUUGAAGUGGCCUAGCGUAUUUAUUUGAACAGUGUAUUAAUUUGGCGAAAAUGUGUAGUGAGGCGAGAUGGAAGCAGGAAAAGACACGAAGCUGUUGGCAGCGUAUCUUCGUUGAUCAUGGCAAAAUCAAGUGGUAUUGGGCGCCUGUUUUCCUCUCCUUUUGGGUGCUUCUGUAUUUCUUCAUUUCCAUACCCGCCUAUCAUCGCUUGCCCAAGCCGAUUAAUAUUGCGGACGAAGCUCGUUAUCCGGAUCGUUUCAUAGCGGAGAGAGCAGAACAAAAUCUAAUCAAACUCAUAGCGCUGGGACCACGUGUGGUGGGUAGCGUAGCAAAUGAGCAAAAUGCUAUCCAAUAUUUCCAGGAAAAACUGAAAGAUAUUCAAGCCGGUGCAAAUCCUUUACUUGAAAUUGAAGGCGAUGUGCAAUUGGCUUCCGGUAGCUAUUGUCACUGGGACAUGGUCAACAUGUAUCAGGGCAUACAGAAUUUUGUAAUUAAAAUUGGCCCGAAAGAUACGAACAGCACCUCGUAUUUAUUGGUAAACAGUCACUUCGAUUCCGUGCCGCAUGGGAAAGGCGCUGGCGAUGAUGGCACAAUGGUGGCCAUUAUGUUGGAGACUGCACGCGUCAUCUCCAAAUCGAGUCAACCACUGCUCAAUCCAGUUGUCUUCCUCUUUAAUGGCGCCGAGGAGAAUCCACUUCAGGCUUCACACGCUUUCAUUACACAGCACAAAUGGGCGAAAUACAUCAAAGCUUUAAUAAAUUUGGAUUCAGCAGGCAAUGGUGGACGCGAAAUUCUCUUUCAAUCUGGCCCUAAUCACCCUUGGCUGAUGAAGCAUUAUCGUCGUGCUGUAAUGCAUCCAUAUGCCUCGACGGUGGCGGAAGAAAUGUUCCAGCGGCAGUUUAUACCAUCAGAUACUGAUUUUAGGAUAUUCCGUGACCACGGUCGUGUGCCUGGACUGGAUAUGGCGCACCAGUACAACGGAUAUGUCUAUCAUACACGUUUCGAUGUACCAGACAUUGUGCCGCGUGGCACCUUCCAAAAUACCGGUGAUAAUGUACUCGCGCUGGUACGCGAAAUCGCCAAUGCACCCGAAUUGGAAGAUCCCUCGCUCUACUCUGAAGGUCACACAAUCUUCUUCGAUGUGCUCGGUCAUUCACUGGUAUUUUACAGCGAAACUGAAGGUGUUAUAGUGAAUGUGCUCGUCUCCUUAGUCGCCAUCAUCACCUGUACGUAUUCCUUUAAGCAAAUGGCGCACAGCACGGGCACGAAGUUUGUUAAAGUCGUAAAUCGUGCCAUUACUCUCUUCGGUAUUCAAGUGCUCGCCGUAAGCGCUGCAGCAGCGCUCUGCUUCUUGAUGGCCGUUUUACUGGAUCUGCUGCACAUGCCAAUGACGUGGUUCACCAACUCGUGGCUGAUUAUGGGCUUGUAUUUCUGCCCGUUAUUCUUCGGAUUCGCCAUUGUACCGGCGAUAUACUUUAAAUCGCAAGGGAAGGAUCGCUUCCCGCUUGGCUAUCGCGUUCAAAUACUACUGCACUGCCAUUGUCUCUUCUUGGCUUUCGUUACGCUGAUCGCUACUAUUGCCGGCAUACGUUCCGCUUUCAUGCUCAUGAUUGCAGUUCUAUUCUACACUUUGGGGCUGAUCGUCAACUUGAGCACCAAACUGCACAACAAAUCACUGCCUUGGCUUAUUCCUCAUAUCAUCUGUAAUAUUCCGCCAUUCCUAUUCUACGCAUACCAGGCCCACGGUUUCUUUGUCACCUUCAUUCCAAUGACGGGUCGGUUUGGCGCCAGAGUUAAUCCUGAUCUGAUCAUCUGCGGAUUUACAAUUGGUGUGGGUAUACUCACUGGUGGUUUUAUGAUUCCAGUCUUGAAUCUGUUCCGCAAAUCCAAGACAAUAAUUUGUUCACUGCUCGUAUUCACUGCUCUCUUCCUGAUACUCGCGGUUACCCCGAUUGGCUUCCCAUAUCGUCCAGCAACCAACGUUCAACGCUUCUCUGUGCUGCACACUCGUCGCGUCUUCCACGAUGAAACUAACGCUGUACGCCGCCUAGAGACUGGCUACUUCAUCUUACCGCAAGAUCGUCGCAUUUAUUCCGUCAAAAAUCAGUUACUCAACAUGUCGUUGGCUCAAACCCUUGACAAAGAUUGCGAAGAGGAAAUGUUAUGCGGUCUGCCGCUUUACAAUCAUCGUUGGCAUAAAGCGCGCGCCUCAAGCAUUUGGAUACCUGGACCAGAUCCCCAGUUCGAUAGAGUGCCACAAGUGAAAUUAAUUUCCAAGGAUCAAUUGAGUAAAACGUCAAUUCGCUAUAAGCUGGAGUUGAGUGGCCCAGACCAUAUGGGUUUAUAUAUCAACCCCUUAAAGGAUCGCAAAGUCAGCGCUUGGUCAUUCCAUUAUACGCCACUGCGACUUGGUUGGGAUACGCCGUAUUUCAUUUAUUUCUCAUACGGCAAGGAUAGUAGCCCAUUGAAUUUUACAUUGGAAUUUGAGAACCCCUCGGAGGACUGGAGCUCACCAAUAUUUGAAAUUGGCAUCGCGGGCCAUUGGAAUCAUGAUGAGAGCACGCAUACGGAAGAUUUCAAAAAGUUCCUUAGCAGUUUCCCCAAAUAUGUAGACGCAAUAGCAUGGCCAGCAUACUAUGAGACGCGACUGUUCUAAGUCCAAAUUGAACUUAUGCGUAUAUGUAUAAUAUAUUUGUAUGUGUAUGUUUGAAUGCAUAAUCUACUUAAGCAAACUUAUAACAUAGUUGAUUGUUUUGCGAAUAGUUUUGCUAUAAUUUUUUAUUUAUUUCUCACUCUAUGCAAAAUUAUAGGU